GCCACAGCUGAUGUCACCUCUGGAGGCUGCACCAUACAAAGUUAGGCGCUGCAGAUCUACAAGCCAUAUCUUCCCAGCAGCUCGAUCAUAGUUACAAACAGCUCUCGUAUGAGUCACCAUGGCUUUGUAGAUUUGCACGACCACAAAUCAAGUGUGCGAUUGCACUUGUGCUGCGACUACAACACGACUGCAAAGAUGGCGUCUUUUAUCCCCUCUGCGCCUUCUGCUGUUAUCUCCAGCAGGAAUCGUGCUCCCCAACAGUUCUCCAGCCUAAACCUGAAUAAUUCUGGUGGAAAUGUCUCUCCUGGCGGCUUUGAACCUGGAUCUGGAGAUGUCGAUGUUGCCAGUUAGCACUCUGCACUGGCGGGCGGAUCUCCUUAAGAUCCCUGCUCAUGGAAAUCACUAUGAACAGCUUCCAGUGCACAUGGAGGACGGGGUGACUUUGCACGGGGCUGAAGGAGGAUGCCUGGCAGGGGAUGGAUUCACAGACUGGAUGACGGAAAGGGUGGACUUUUCAUGUUUCCUGCCAGCAGUGGCGGAUCCGUCCUUGCCAGGGCCUCCUGCCCCGGACUUGGAGGUCAUGGCGACACUCCUGAAGAAGGAGUUGGAGCAGAUGGAAGAUUAUUUCCUGGAGGAGACUCUCUCCCCUGGGCUUCCAAUGCCUCAUGAUCAAGUGGCCCCCAGCACCCCGCCUUCUCAUGAAGUCCACUUCCUCUUCCCAACACCUGAUCAACAACUCAGUGAAAGAGGAAUAGAGUUCCAGGCCUACGUUGCAGAAACACCAGCUCCUGCCUCUGUGGCACUGGACACACUAGAUUCUGGAUGCCUUGAGCUCCUGAAUCUAUACCCAAAUGUUCCAAGUGAUUUCCCUCGAGAAGAUCGGCAGGAUUUUAUGGUGAUUAAUAACACCACUGACCCGCCAGCACAAUCCAAACAUCUCAACAGGCCUACCCCUUAUGACCGCCCCACCACUUCAGCCACCAGUUGUGCCACCUCAAACCAACACAAAGGUGACCGCAAACAGAAGAAGAAAGAUCAGAACAAGACAGCAGCUCUUCGAUACCGCCAACGGAAACGUGCAGAAUACGACGCCUUAGAUGAUGAAUGUCAAAUCCUUGAAGUCCGCAACAGAGAGCUGAAGGAAAAGUCUGAUUCAAUCGAAAGAGAGAUCCAGUAUGUUAAAGAUCUGCUCAUCGAGGUCUACAAGGCCAGGAGUCAAAGACUCCGCAACAACUAGAUAUUGUUGAGAAACACAAACUUUAUCCUGGAAAAUGAGUUCCAGCCUAAAACACCAGACAUGAAAUUGUAAAAGUAACUUCGGGUCCUUAAAAAGAUCUAGAAAAUAGGUUCUCAGACACAACA